GUCCAGGGAUCCCACGCAGCGGCAGCAUCCAGAGCAGCGCCGGGAGCGCGGCCGGAGCGUCGUAGGCUCUCGAUCGCUAUGGCCGAGUUCCCGUCGAAAGUGAGCACGAGGACCAGCAGCCCCGCGCAGGGCGUGGGAGCCUCCGUGUCUGCGCUGCGACCGGACCUGGGCUUCGUGCGCUCCGCCCUAGGGGUGCUAGCGCUUCUGCAGCUGGUGCUGGGGCUGCUGGUGUGGGCCCUGAUUGCUGACACCCCAUACCAUCUCUAUCCUGCCUAUGGCUGGGUCAUGUUUGUCGCUGUUUUCCUCUGGCUGGUGACAAUCGUCUUCUUCAUCAUCUAUCUGUUUCAACUGCACAUGAAGUUGUACAUGGUACCCUGGCCAUUGGUGUUACUGGUCUUUUUUGUCGCUGCCACGGUUCUCUACAUUACUGCCUUUAUCGCUUGCGCAGUAGCGGUUGAUCUGACAUCCCUGAGGGGCUCCCGGCCAUACAACCAGCGCUCAGCUGCCUCUUUCUUUGCUUGUCUGGUGAUGAUUGCCUACGGAGUGAGUGCUUUCUUCAGCUUCCAGGCCUGGCGAGGAGUGGGCAGCAAUGCGGCCACGAGUCAGAUGGCUGGGGGCUACUCUUAAGCCAGCUAUGCUGUGACCUAAGCCAUGGCAAGUCUUAUUAGCACAGGGUCACACCCAAGCUUACUGGACUCAACCUCUGCAGCACUCCUGAGGAACAGGCCCAAGCUGGCACAGAUGGGCUGCCAAGAGCCAGGAGUGGGGACCUCCUCCCCACCUCCCUUACUCAGCAGAAGGUGACCGGGGUGGGGGGUGGGGGUGGGGGUGGAGGGGUACUCUUAUGGCUCUGCCUUCUCAUCAGAGAACUUCAGUAUCCCAGGCUGGGCCACCCUGCUCACCAGCACUAAAUGCACUAACAGACCUUCAGCCUCUGAUCUGCCAUAGUAUAAACCUAACAAAACGACAGAUUAUCUUUGUUCCAGAAGCUAAGCAAGCCCCCAGGCUCUUCUGGUCCCACCUUCCCCAACCCCUGCCCCACACCAACCUGUCACCUGUAGAGAGACUUUUAUAGAAAGAGUUAGGAUUUUGAGGACUGGACUAUUUCAGUUGGUUUCAACAGUUUCCCAUGGCAGCAAGCUCGCCAUGCCCCCCUCCCUCAUGUGGAACUCUCCCUUUGGGAAAGUUAGCAUCCGUGUAGGGUGUCUCCCCCAGGAUGCUGAUUAGGCACAGGGGACUUCCAAGGAGGGACAGAAGGAAGCAGGGCCUUGCCUGGCGAGUUGUCAUGGUGACUCUUGUUUGGGAUUAUUAUUUUUUACAAUUUAAAUAAAAAUAGAAGCAUCUGUUUGGAAA